AUGAAGUUGAAAGAUCUUGCUCAGCAGUUUCAGCUCGGUAUUUCCACGGCUUUCAGCAUUUUGAAAAGGUUCAAGACGCAGGUAAGGUUCAAAGUGUUUGUCAAACCCAAUAAAAAUAUUUAGAAUACCUGCAUCGGUCCAAAGACGCCAGGAAAAACCUCGUGGAACCACCAAGGCCAUGGAUCGGAACAUCCUGAGAGCGUCGAGAGAGGAUCCCAGAAGGACUUCAACGGAAAUCCAGAUGGUUGUGAAUUCUCCCACGGAUCCAGCACCUUCUAGAAGAACAAUCAAAAGACUUUUACAAGAUGCUGGGCUCCAUGGACGACGUCCAGUUCGCAAACCAGAAGAACCGGAAGGCUCGAGUUGCAUGGGCAAAAGCUCAUCUCACCUGGGGACCUCGCGAAUAGGAAAAACACAUCUGGUCCGAUGAAAGCAAGUUUAAUUUGUUUGGUAGUGAUGGAAAUUGCUGGAUUCGGCGUCCCGUUGGAACCAGAUAUUCUUCCAAGUACCAUCUUCCAACAGUCAAGCACGGAGGAGGAUCGUGUAUGGUAUGGGGAUGUUUCUCGGCCAACGCUAUGGGACCUCUGAGACGUAUCAACGGAAUAAACGUCUUCUGAUUGUUCUUCUAGAAGGUGCUGGAUCCGUGGGAGAAUUCACAACCAUCUGGAUUUCCGCUGAAGUCCUUCUGGGAUCCUCUCUCGACGCUCUCAGGAUGUUGCGAUCCAUAGCCUUGGUGGUUCCACGAGGUUUUCCUGGCGCCUUUGGACCGAUGCAGGUUUCCUAAAUGUUUUAUUGGGUUUGACAAACACUUUGAACCUUACCUGCGUCUUGAACCUUUUCAAAAUGCUGAAAGCCGUGGAAAUACCGAGCUGAAACUGCUGAGCAAGAUCUUUCAACUUCAUGCCUUGCUGGCGACCUCGGAUGAUCGUUUUUUUAACAUCUACGGGCACAUUUUGUCUUCCACGAGGUUUUCCCAUGUCUACAAAUCAUUUUAGAGUCAUAUGAUAUCACAGAAAAAUAAAUCGAAAAAUAAAAAAAACAUCAAAAAAAUCGAAAAAAAUCGAAAAAAAUGAAAAAAAUACAUUUUUCUGAAGAAAAAAAUAAAUGAUGAUGCAGUUUGAAAGUCCGCAACUUUGCCUAACGGUACUUUUUGUAUACCGUAUAAGUUUCAGGGUCCCCGGAUAACUAGAAAAAAAAGUUAUCCUCAAAAAACCAUUUUUUCAUAUAUUAAUGGCCAGCACUGUACAUACUUACAGCGUUGGCCAAAAAGAGAAGAUGUGGGUUGGUCCGUGCGCCAUUGCAAACCACGAUUGUGAAAAGAGCAACGCCACUUACUUGACUCUCUCGACAAGCAAAAAUAUCAUCCAGGUGAAAAUAUUCAUAGUUAAUAAAUAGGCAUAAUAUUUUGCAGGUAACAAAAGCGAUCAGUUCAGGGGAACAAAUUCUCAUUCACUAUGGAAAGCUCUAUUUUGACGUUUGCGAAUGCUCGAGUUGUCUGUGAGUUAAGUAAAGACUGAAUUCUUUGAAAAAUGAAAAGUUUAAGCCCGCAAGAUUUAUCCGAAAAACUGUCAAGACGGGAAAGAGCACGUCAAGUGUAAGAGAAUCAUUUCAGUCUUCAUUCAAACGGUUUUUAUAAUUCCAGGGACUACAAUUCAGAUGGCAACAGGCGAGUGCGAAAGGAAAUCAAACAAAAUUCACAUUUCAUCAAAUGUAAGAACAUAUUUUUGAAGGAAACCAAAGGACGUUUACAGUAUUCCGAGAUGUGGAAUGGCCGGUGGGACUCGAAGAGUCAGGAAUGGAGGCACAGAAUAAGAUCAUGAAAAAAGUGAGAAGAAAUCAGUUGUUUUAAACAUUAGUGUAUUACAGACAAUUACACUGGAAGAAUGUUGGAGUCUCUUUGGUACUAUCAACAAAAAAGUUGAGCAACUGAACAAUCGUCUGAAAAAUGGGAUGUUGUGUACUGUCGAACUGGAAAUCCAUGAAAUUGAAGCGACGAAGGACAUGCUGAGGCUGUUUGGUCUACUCUCCCGCAUUGGCGAGCAGUAUAAGUUGCUCAUGGAUCGUUUUGUCAUGAGAACAAACACAAGUCAUAGCCAUCUCGACUGUCUGGGACUUUUCAUGGAAGCGCAUAACAGUCUGCACGAGAUGAUUCAAAAACAGAGGGAAGGUCUCUUCGUGUUCCAUACAACCGAGAAGAAAGUGAAACUUCACAUUGAGAACAAGAAAAAAGCGCUGACGGAGAAACUUGCGGCAGAAAAUAUGCACCAGGCAGAGCUCGUGCCUUCGUCCGUCCCAGACGACGCCGUCGUUUCACCGUUGUUCAGGUCGACUCUCAACGGCAUUUUUCAAACCAGAAACAAAUUAUCAGCGGCGCCAAUUUGUAGAAAUGGAAGUCAGUAUAAGAGAGAAGCUAUGAAAAGAAGUAGCCCGAAAAUGAAAACCAUAAGAACCAUAGGCGACGAGUGUGAAAUACAGAUCCGAGCAAAGUUCGGACAAACAGAGCAAGUUCAAGACAUUGAAAUCGCCGUCACGCACACUACAGAGGGCAUGGAAGCAAAACUUGAGAACGCACUUUUUGCUGAUGGGACAGGUUAGAUGUUUUCGGUGCCUAACCGCUCAUUUGAACUGUUGUUCCUUCAGACGACGAAGCGAAAGCUGCUCAACUGAAGCGACUUAUUGAGCAGAACAAUGCGGUUAAUCGUCUCUUGCAAGCGGAAUACGAUAAGUUAUUGUCUUCGUGCAAAUCGUUUCCCACAAAAAUCGAAUGUGCAGUUCAAAACUCUGAAAGCUCUGAAAUUACUCUCACAACUGAUGAAAUUGAAUAG